AUGUGCUCGGGGGACGAGAGCGAAGGAGGCGGCGGCGGUGGUGGUUGUGGGCAAAAGAUAAAAGGAUUUGAUAGGAGAAGGCGGGUUCAGCAGCUGCCACCUGAGAGCCGACGGGAGCACGACGUGAGCUCCGGCUCUCGAGUUCAGACUUUCGAGUUCGAACCGGUCAGCUCCAAAUGGUUCUGGUUACCUCCAUCAGAAUCGGAAGUUCCUAGUUUUGGGCGGAACUUGAUGAUAGAAGUACACUCUAUUCUAGAAAAUGCAUGGCGAAAUCCUGCUUUUUUCUAAAACAGUCCUGGCAUCUUGAGUAAGCGCUGAAGGGUUGUAAAACCUCUUAAGUAAUUACUGAAUUGUUAUAAGUUUCAUGAGACUGCGUGGGAGCACAGGACACUGAUAUUUGGGCUCUAGAUAUCAUAAAGCUAAACAGGAGCGGAAAGAGUUCCAAAAAAGUGUCUGAAAACUAUAGUUCGGGUAAUUCCAAACCUUGACUCUCAUUAAGCAACGCAAGGCGAGAUAAGAAGAGGGUGUGAGUAAUUAGAAAAAAAAACAAUCUUGAAUUGUUGGAAAGCGGAGAGAUUCAGUUAACCCAUUCGUUUUUGACGAAAAGGGGAACUUUUCAAUCAAAACUUCAGGCAGAUUGGAAUAACUAACCUGAAAGGAGACCUCCGACUCUGCACAGAUAUCUUUAGGAGAGGUUGUGUUUAUUAAAAAUACAUUUUUUUCAAAAUGAAGAUAUCUCAACCUACCCAAAGGUCUCGUAAAUAAAAGUUCUGAUAAAAAAGUACCGAUUCCGAGUCGCAAGACUUCCUAACCUAGCCAAAGCCUUCAGAAAACAUCUCUCACCAGAAAAAGGCCCGGUUCCAAGAUACAAGACCCCAAUGAAAAGGCAAUCAACUAA